AUGGCGACAGAGGAUGAGUUGACGAUGCAGAUUGCCGCCGCAGGUGACAAAGUACGUGACCUGAAGGCAGAAAAAGAUGCUGACAAAAUCGAUCAGAUGAAAGAAGCUGUGGCUCAUCUACUCGCGCUAAAGGCGGAAUUUAAGAAAGUAACGGGAAAGGAAUUCGGUCCACCGCCCAAACCUAAGAAAGAAAAGAAGUCACAAGUGGACCAGAUUCAGUCUCAAGACCCAUCUAAAAAGUCUAAGAAAGAGCUGAACAAAGAACGCAAGAAAGCGCAAAAGCAGGCGCUCAAGACUGGUGGAACGGACGAGGAUUCUGCCCCUACAGAAGCCCCUGUAGUGCCGACAGCUCCUGCUAGCAACAAGAAGACUCUCAAAAAGGCAGCACAUGCUGGAAUUGAGCUACCUAUCCCAUCUUCUGAAAAUGAUGGCGUCAUUGUCUUUUCCAGUGCUGGCCAUCUCCCACGUGCUAGUUAUGUCGUCGCUCAGCUUGUCAAAUAUGCGCCAGGAUUUUGCAACUUUGGGCGUGAUGCUGCUGCCUCGGCUGUCAUACCAACACUCACAUUGGCAGAUGGUCGCAUAGUUUCGGGUGAUUUUGCCGUUGCACGAUACUUGGCUCGUCUUAAGCCUGAACUGGGUCUAUUUGGUGUGGCUACAAAAGAUGCUACCGCAACAGAGACUGCCUUACCGCCUUCCCAGAUUGACGCGUGGCUGGACUUUGCUCUCACGCGACUUCAUGCCAAUAUCGAAGACGACGGCGGUCUUCAGAUAUUGGAUCGUGUGCUCAAGACGCAAACGUUUAUUGUAAAAAAUGCACUUUCACUUGCAGACAUUGGCGUGUGGGCUCAACUCGCUCCGUUGAAGAAAAAAAUUGACUUGUCCUCGUUUUCCAACGUGACGCGCUGGUUGGCACACUUGGAAGCACAGCAGACUCUGUUCGCAAAAGCUGAUGGCUCACUUAAGGCAAUCAAGCCUAUAAACUCACCUGCUUCGACGGGAGCUGCGGCUAAUAAGGUGAAAGAUACGGGUGGCUGUCCUCCUCUAAAAGAUGCAGUGGAUGGUCAUGUUGUGACGCGAUUUCCUCCUGAGCCAUCGGGUUACUUGCACAUCGGCCACAUCAAGGCUUGUAUGUUAAACAAUUACUACGCACGUCACUACCAUGGAAAAUUAAUUCUUCGCUUCGAUGAUACAAACCCAAGCAAGGAGAAAGAUGAGUUUGAACAGAGCAUAAUUGCCGAUUUAAAACGUGUGGAAGUUGUACCAGACAUUAUAACAUACACGUCCGAUUACUUUGACAAGAUUGCAGACUUUGCUCGCACGAUGAUUCGGGAAGGUAACGCAUAUAUGGACAAUACACCGCAAGAGAUUAUGCGAGACGAGCGUAUGGAGGGCAUAAACUCCAAAUGUCGCGACCAAACGCCAGACGAGAACCUUGCACUAUUUGAAAAGAUGCUGGUAAACGCAUCGGACGCCCAAGGCUACUGUUUGCGUGGCAAGAUUGAUAUGCAAGCAAAGAAUAAGACUAUGCGAGAUCCAGUUUUCUUUCGAUUGAAUCCAACGCCACAUCAUCGUACAGGAACCAAAUACCAGGCCUACCCAACGUACGAUCUUGCGUGCCCGAUAGUCGACUCGCUUGAAGGUGUGACUCAUGCACUGCGUACAACCGAGUACAACGAUCGGGACUUUCAGUACCAAUGGGUCCUCGACACACUCCGUUUGCGCAAGGUGAUAAUCCAGAGUUUUGCACGCAUGAAUUUUGUCUACUCGGUGCUAUCAAAGCGAAAACUGCAGUGGUUCGUGGACAAUGGCCACGUCGAGGGCUGGACAGAUCCACGGUUCCCAACGGUACAAGGUGUACUGCGUCGUGGUGUACAAGUGGAAGCAUUACGUGAGUUUAUAUUGAGCCAGGGCGCUUCACGCCGUAUCACGGACAUGGAAUGGGACAAGUUCUGGACCCUCAAUAAGCGUGUUUUGGAUCCAAUUGCACCUCGUUACUUUGCAAUUGCUUCGGAGUCAACGGUACCUCUCUUGCUCACAAAUGUAACGGAUACAGUAAUUGGCAUUCCAGUGGCGCGCCAUCCAAAGGAUCCAACAAUGGGCAAUAAGAUGGUACGCUUUUGCAGUAAGUUAUUGCUCGAACGUGAUGACGUCAACAAUUUUGUCGAAGGCGAAGAAGUGACACUUAUGCGGCACGGCAAUAUGAUUGUAAAAAAAAUGAAUAAAAAUGCUGAUGGUAUGAUCACAAGUGUUGAAGCUGAAAACUAUCCAGAGGGGGAUUUUAAGAAGACAAAACUCAAGGUUACGUGGCUGGCUGAUGUGCCUGAUCUUGUACCGCUCAUACUCGUCGAAUUCGACCACUUGCUCAAUAAGCCAAAACUUGAGGAAGGAGACAAUUUUCAAGACUUUCUUACCGACACAACACGUGCUGAAAUGCACGCUGUGGGCGAUCACGAGCUUCGUAAUAUGAAAGAAGGACAGGUUGUUCAACUAGAGCGUCGUGGCUAUUUCCGUGUAGAUAGACCAUAUCUGUCGGAUGACAAGCCCAUUGUCAUGUUUAUGGUCCCUGAUGGCAAAGUGAAAGCCAUGUCCACGCUAUCGACCAAGCUGGCGCACCGAUAA